AUGGCGAAGAAGUGUGUUCACAAGGGCUGCGGCAAGACGUACGAGGACGAGAACGAGGAGUGUGUUUACCAUCCCGGCCCACCCAAAUUCCAUGAGGGGCAGAAAGGCUGGGAAUGCUGCAAACCACGCGUCUUGACCUUUGACGAGUUCCUCGCAAUCGAGCCGUGCACAAAGGGCAAGCACUCCGACGUCGACGACACGCCCAAGCCUGAGCCCGUCAAAGCCCCCGACGUGCCCAAUGACACCCAAGUCAACCUCGGAUCGCUCGAGGAAUCCCUCCCUGCGCCCGCCCCCCGAUUACCCACCGCACAAGCCACGCCCAAGCCAAGCGCGUCACCGGCGCCGCCGCCAGAAUCCGAAGAUGACGACCCGAGUCUAGAGAUCAAGGAGGGCAUGACAUGUCGGCGGAAAGGAUGCGGCGCGACACACAAGGGAGGCGAUAGGGACGGAGAGAGCUGCAUACACCACCCCGGUGCGCCCAUCUUCCACGAGGGCAGCAAGGGGUGGAGUUGCUGUAAGAGGCGGGUCAUGGAGUUUGAUCAGUUCAUGAAGAUCGAGGGGUGCAAGACAAAAGACCGACAUUUGUUCAUCGGCAGCGGCAAGAAGAAGGAGGGCGAGGAGAAACUAGAGACAGUUCGACACGACUACUACCAAACCGCCACCUCGGUCGUCGCAUCCCUCUACCUCAAGAAAAUCGACAAAGCUACCGCCGUCAUCGACUUCCAACCCACACACGUCAAGCUCGAUCUCCCCACCUCAGACAGCAAGCGCUACCAAACCGAAUUCCCCCUCUUCUCGACUAUCAAGCCGGAAGAGAGCAAGUUCAGGAUACUAGGCACGAAGCUCGAGAUGACGCUGGUCAAGGCGGAUGGAGCUAGCUGGCCGGUGCUGAGGAGCGACGAUAAACCUACUGGGGAGAUGAUUCAGGUGGGUAGGGCGGGGAGGGCGUAG